AUUUCAUGCUGUGCCAGAUAUGACGUGUGAAAGGUGGAACGUCGAAGGUGACAGCCAAAGGGCUGUCACGCAACAGAGAGAGAAGAAGAAGAAGAACAACAACAUUGCAUAACCGAAAUUACUGUUCAGUCUGUCAAUUCCGGCCGUAUUACAUUUCGCAGCCUAUCAAUAAAAACAGCUUAAGUAUGUUGCUUCGUUCGGUGCAGAGAACUGCAGUGCCACGUCUAUUUCGGAACAUGUCCACCCGGGAAGCGGAACAAACGGUGAUUUGCGAGGAGUUGGGCCGGGACAAGGGAGUCAUCACCCUGAACCGCCAGAAGGCAUUGAAUGCGAUUAACCUGGACAUGGUACGACAAAUUUACGCCGCAAUGACAAAGUGGAAGGAUAGCAAAAACCUGGUCAUCAUCAAAGGUGCUGGACCGAAAUCAUUUUGCGCCGGUGGUGACGUGAGAACUAUAGUUGAGAAUGGACCAGUCGAAGCGUCGAAAAGUUUCUUCCGAGAAGAGUAUCGGCUGAAUGAGUUGAUAUCGUCUUACCGUCCAGAUUACGUCGCCAUCGUCGAUGGUAUCACAAUGGGCGGUGGUGUUGGUUUAUCCGUGCAUGGUAAGUAUCGGGUGGCUACCGAGCGGUCUAUGUUUGCCAUGCCCGAGACAGCCAUCGGUUUGUUUCCGGACGUCGGUGGCGGCUACUUCUUACCACGGUUGCAGGGGAAAUUAGGACUGUAUCUAGGACUGACAGGAUUCCGCUUGAAAGGAAUCGAUUUAGUUCGGGCUGGAAUUGCGACACACUUCGUUAAGAGCGAAAAUCUGGAAGAGCUUGAAAAGGCACUAAUAGCCACAAGCAAUAGUACGGCUGUUGGGGACGUUCUUAAAAAAUUCAACGUGAAAGACAGUUCAGAAUUUGUGCUACAAAAGAAUCUGAAGCAGAUCGACAAGUGCUUUGAUGCAGCCACUGUCGAGGACAUCUUUGCCAACCUGGAAAAAGAAGGUAGCGAAUGGGCCCAAAAAACAUUGAACACGCUGUCCAAGAUGUCCCCUACGUCACUGAAGGUCACUAAAAAGCAACUAGAUUUGGGACUCCACGCAGAUUUACGUAGCUGUCUCAAGCUUGAAUUCCGCAUGGCUGUUCACAGCGUAAUUGACAGUGACUUCAAGGAAGGUGUUCGAGCACUGCUGAUAGACAAAGAUCAGGCCCCCAAAUGGAAUCCUGCAAAAUUAAGCGAAGUGAGCCCUGCUUUGGUUGAUAGGUUCUUCGGUCCAGUGCCCGAUGGGGAUGAGCUUGUUUUUGACGACGAAAGGAAGGCGAACCUGUGAAUCACUAAUGUAAUCGAAAAUCGAGGACACUACCUCACCUAAAGUGCAUUUAUAAACGCAAAGCGUCAAUAUUAUGGUAAACGUUGAUAUUGUUUUACAAUAAAUUUUGGCAGAAGCCAGUUUUCAGCAAUGUUAA